AUGAAUGUGGGAGCAGUGAGUGAUGUUGCUGGGGAGGUGUCCCUUAUUGCUGAUGAAUUAAGCCGAGCUGUUGAACUUACGCUUAAUCCUGCUGUAUCACAUGAUGCUAGAAGCCAAGCCUAUAAUGCCUGUGAAAGUUUUAAAGAAAAUUCUCCAUGGUGCGCUCAAGCUGGGCUGCUUUUGGCCAGUGGAAGCCAAUACUCAGCUGUUGUCAAACAUUUUGGUCUGCAAUUAAUGGAACAUACAGUAAAAUAUAGAUGGACACAGAUCACACAAGCUGAAAAAAUUUUUAUUAAGGAAAAUGCUAUGAAGCUUUUAUAUAUGGGUGGAUGGGAAACAGGACAUUUGAAUGAUGCAUUAGCAAGAGUUAUAGUAGAAAUGAUAAAACGUGAGUGGCCUCAACAGUGGCCUACGUUACUUGCAGAGCUAAGUGAUGCUUGUGGUCAUGGACAUUUACAUACAAUUAUUGUGCUCCAUGUGUUUUUGCGCCUUGUAGAAGAUGUUGCUACUUUACAGACAUUAGAGCAACACCAACGUCGCAAAGACAUUUAUCAAGCAUUGACUAGCAACAUGGCUGAGAUAUUUGCGUUCUUUAUGCGUCUCAUUGAGCUUCAUGUUCAAGAAUUUCGAGAGAAAACAACUGCUGGUGAUUAUUCAGCAGCAGCUAGCAAUGGCCGUGUUGUGCAGGUAGUGUUACUAACUCUAACCGGUUUCGUGGAAUGGGUUUCUACAAAUCAUGUGGUGAUGAAUAAUGGUCGCCUGCUGCAAAUCUUAUGCAUUUUGCUGCAAGAUGAUUCGUUUCAAUUGUCGGCUGCUGAGUGCCUGUUGCAAGUUGUAAACAGGAAAGGUUCUACCAAGGAGCGUAAGCCAUUAAUGAUACUGUUCAGUGAUGAUGCAAUCACAUGCAUUCACCGGGCUGCAGUAGCUAGCAUUAGUACUGUAGAUGAGAAACAAUAUUUGUUUUUGAAGAAGCUCUCACAGGUUUUGGCUGGCUUGGCACAACAGCUAACCACAUUGUGGAGCAAUGCGACAAAUGUUGAAACUUGGUUGCCUAUGCUCUUGGAGACAAUGCUGCUGCUAACAUCACACCCAUCUCUAACACUCGCACACACGGCUAACUCCGUUUGGUUGGCAUUCUUGAAACACGACCAGAUAUCAAAGUUGCCACAUGUGUUGACUAUUGUGCCUAGAUGGCUUCAGGCUUCUGCUCCAAAAGUACUAAAGGUCUCAUAUCCAUCAACGCGAGUCAACGGUGUAUCAGAUGCUGUAGCUUAUGCAUGCAUGGACUAUGACAGCGAGCAGGAGUUUUCAAUUUUCUUCAGCCGCUGUCGAACAGAAAUAUUAGACAGCUUUAGGUACUGCAUGAUAGCAGCUCCACUAGUGACGUGGUCCUACGUUGAACAGUGGACACAAGCCGCUCUCGACAAAGUGGACUCCUGCCCACCCCAUAUUGACGUUACGCACCCGUUGCAUAUCGAAUGGGAAGCAUUGUCACAGGUGCUGGACGUGGUGCUGUCGCGGCUGCUGCAAGCGGAGCCGCGGCCCUGCGUGGCGGCCGGGCUGCGUCUGCUGCAGCGCUGCGUUUCCUGCGAGCCCCGCGCCUCUUUGCUACUCUCACUGCUGCUCUCCUUCAUAUCGGCCCUCUUCGUGUUCCUCAGCUGCGCGUACAGCCAGCUAGCCGGACCCGGCGUGGGCGUUGCCGGUGCAGACCUGUUGCCACGCGUGCUCGACAAAAUAUUCGCAGCGCUGGUAUACGAGGGAUCACCUCCCGAGGAUCGGAGGUCGCGCUCUGUCAAAAACGUGCGGCGGCACGCAGCAGGCUUGCUUGUGAAGUUAGGCUCUAAGUAUCCGCUACUGCUGCUGCCCGUGUUCGGGCGGCUUCACGAGAUGUGCCGUGCGGCUCUUGCGCGUCCCGACCUUAGCGCCGUCGAAAGCGUCACACUACAAGAGGCGCUUUUGGUUGUCUCCAACCACUUCUGCUGCUACGAGCGGCAAAGUGCUCUAGUCGCACAGGUGCUGGGCGACUGCAGCUCGCGCUGGGCGGCGCUGGGGCCGCACGUGUCGUCGGCGGCGGCGCUGGCGCGGCUGGUGGGGCUGGACGCGGAGCCGAGCGACGCGGACGACGAGCGCGGCCGGGCGCGCCGCACGCUGCUGCACGCGCUCACUCUGCUGCUGGGCGUCGUCAAGCGCACGCACGUGCCCGCGGACCCCGACAAGGCGUCGCGGGGCGGCUUCAGCGCGGGCGUGACGUCGUCCGGCAACCCGGUGUGGCGCAACCCGUGCGGCGCGCACGUGCUGCCGCUGCUGCCGCACGCUUUGGCUCUGGCGCGCGCGCUGCACGAGCUGCACGCGCCGCACGCGGCCCCGCUGCGCCACGCUGCGCACGGGCGCGCGCUGCACCCGCCGCCCGCCGAGCGGCGCAACCUGCUCGGGCUGCGCGACGACGCCCCGCCCGCGCCCAGCGAGCCCCAGGACCGCAUGCAGAACUACCUGCACACGCUGCACGACAACGUGUGCCACCUGGUGGGGGCCGCAGCGGCGUCGCUGGGCCGCGAGCUGUACAGCGCGCCGGGGCUGGCGCGUUUCGUGGCGGACGCGCUGUUGCACGCGCCGGAGCAGCUGCCCGACCACUGGCUGCGGCGCGUGCUGCGGGCCGCGCUGCGUCCGCUGCUGCUCCACUGCCCGCCCGCGCACUACGCCGACGUUGCACUGCCGCUGCUCGACCACCUGGCGCCCUUCAUGUUGGUGCAUUUAUCGCAGCGGUGGGAUUAUGUAACGUCAUUGUACGAAUCUGGUAAAUUAGAGGAGGAGGGUGGAAGUGAGUCUCAAGAAGUUCUCGAAGACAUGUUGGUACGACAUCUAACGAGAGAAUACCUCGAAUUAUUAAAGAUCUCCUUGGUGGACACCGGCGGGGCGGGGAGUGCGGGCGGCGGGAGCGAGACGGUAGACAUGGAGGAAGAGAGCGUACCGCCCCAGCGCGCGCCCGAACACGUCUCGGAGCUGGGCGCUUUGGUGCUCGCGCAGCCGAUCGCCGGACCAGCUGUGUUGCAUACUAUACUGCGCGCGCUGACGUGGAACGACUCGACGUCGUCGCUGCGCGCGUGCACGCUGGCCCUGCCGGCCCUGCGCGCCGCGCUCUCCGCGGGGCGUGUGGGCGCGGCGGAGGCGAGCGGCGCACUGGCCGCCGUGCUCCAGGCGCUGCGCACUCACGGCCAGCACGACGCAAACCAAGCGGCGCUGCUCGCCCUCGCGGUGCAGACGUACGAGGCGCUUCGGCCGAGGUUCCCCGGCGUGGCGUCGGUGCUGCGCUCCAUCCCCGAUGUGGACGCGCACGACCUGCACCGCCUCGACGAGAAGCUAGCCGCCAACCACAGCAAGCCCGCCAAGAUAGACAAGAGCAAGCGCGACUUAUUCAAAAAGAUCACCUCCAGGUUGAUUGGGCGCAACGUGGGGCAGCUAUUCAAGAAGGAGGUGUACAUUCUAGACCUGCCCACGAUGCACGUGGCCAAGGAGAAGGCUCGCAGUGUUCUCGACGCCCCCGAAGGCGCCGCCUUAGACAGCCUGUUCACUUCCCGAGCGCCCACA